UGAGUUCUUCUCGAUGUGCGAACACCAUUUGGUGCCCAUCUAUGGUCACGUGUCGAUCGGCUAUUUGCCUAACAAACAGGUGCUGGGACUCAGCAAACUGGCCAGGGUGGUCGAGAUGUACUCCCGGCGGCUGCAGGUUCAGGAACGAAUGACUCGACAAAUAGCCGAGGCCAUCACCCAGGCUAUAAAUCCUACCGGGGUCGGUGUGGUCGUGGAGGCCACACACAUGUGCAUGAGCACCAGGGGUGUGCAAAAGGUCCAGAGCAAAACCAUCACCAGCUCUAUGGUCGGUAUGUUUCGCGAGGACCCCAAAACUCGCGAAGAGUUUCUAUCAUUAAUCAAACAAAACGCAAACAAAUACUAA